AUGCAUGCUACCGUUGCAUAUGCCCGAAACCCUUCCAAGAUUCCUGAAGAUAUAGCCUCAAAUCCAGAUUUGGAGAUCAUCGCCGGCGAGAUCCAUGACCUGGCGGCACUCUCCCAGGCCGUUGCGCAAAGCUCCGUCAUACUUUCACUUCUCGGGCCCAACCUUCACGAGCGCGGUAUCACCCCGGCGCUGCUCGCCGACUACUACCAGUCAUCUGUUUUCCCCUUGAUGCGCCAAAACGGGGUCCGUCGGAUUUUUGCCAUGGGGACCCUCUCAAUCGUGCGGCCAGAAGACCACCAGACCUUUCUCCGGCCUAUGGCGGCGCUCUUCGUACGGCUAAUCGCCAACACCGCAUACCAGAACGUACUGAACAUUGCCGCCGUGUUCGACCACGAGGCCCAUGAUAUUGACUGGACGGUCUUUCGGAUCGCGCAUAUUCCCGGAAAUUCCGACCACGCAAGUUGGAAGACGGAUCGGGAUGUCGAGGCCUUUGUGGGGUGGAUCGGCGAGAAUGGCUGGACUGGGUCGCAAACGAGAGGAGCCCUGGCAAGAUGGCUCGUCGACGCAGCUGAGAGUGGAAUGACGGAGUGGGUGGGCAAGAUGUCCGCCACACUGCGGCCCCUUGAAGAACCAGGACUCUUCGGCGACCUGUCCACUCUGCUCCAUCCGAUAGAUUUGGAGGCAAUCAUGCCAAAAAUGAGGCAAGGGGGCUCCUCGGGCUGCUGGGCCUGCCGACCUCGUCGCAAGAAGUGCGACAAGUCGCGUCCGAUCUGUGGAAACUGUAGAAGUUUGGAGAUCACCUGUAAUUUUGCCGUGCGAUCUCCCGAGUGGAUGGACAACGGCCCCAGGCAGCGCGACAUGACAAAGCAGUUGAAGAACGAAGUCAAAAAGAGUGCCAGACGGCGCCGGCAGAAGAAAUUGAGUGGAGCUAUUGAAAGGGAUCUGGAUGAGGACAUGGGAGAGUCGCAACAAGCUCCGCAAGGCUCGGUCCCUGACCAACCGCCUCCCACCAGCCGUGCCCCUGAUGUCGGUCUGCUUCCAUACAGCACGAAUAUGCAGUUGGAUGUGCGAUUUGACAGGGAGGGGCUCGAUCUGCAAGACUCGAGUGCGACAAAUGCCAACACAGCCUCGGAGGGUCUUGGAAAUGAGUUAGAGCUCAGCCUUUUCAUGGCUUACCUAGAUUAUGACCAGCUGCACGCGCAGACAAACAUGGCGAUCAAAAAUGUGCAGCUCGACAUACACCAGAUCAGUCAUUGGGAUAAUCCAGGCGACCCCACUGAAAGAGCUCAUCUGUUGGUGAGCAUUGUGCAACUGUUGACGCUUUCAAGCGUCGAUUCCGUCAGGAGAGACCUGGAUGCUGCCAGCGUCGUUUUCGGACAGAUUUCCCAGCAUCAUGGCAGAGCCUGGUCGUCUUCGGGCAAGAUCGCUGGAAUUCUUGAUCAAUUGCACGAUCCAUCAUUCGUGGCUAGUCCAUCUCAAAUCUCGCCUUGGAAUUCCUCCCAGGCCGCGUUCUGCUUUUCUUCUGCUAUGCUCCUCUUAUAUGACAUCAUCGCCAGUAUCUCGCUGGAACAGCCGCCACGGCUGGCUGAAUACCACGCUGAGUUGUUGAUUAAUAAUGUGAAUCCCCAAGGAGACCCGACAUUGGAUUUGACGGGCUUUAUUGGAUGUCACAACUGGGCGUUGGUAUUUAUAGGCGAGGUCGUGUCCCUCCAUAAGUGGAAGAAAUACAUGAAGAAACGUGACACGUUGUCGAUGCUACAACUCGCACAGCGUGCUAACCAGAUUGAUCGGCAGCUGCAAGAUGGCCUUGACCAACUUCAAAAUCUCGAGGUUGCGCAAUGUCGGAGCCAUAAUCCCAAGAGAACACGACAGGGACUCGGGCUCCCUUUGUUUGGCAUCUUUAACGAUCUGCCGGACGAAUCUAAUUUGACGGCUAAUCCCGAAGUCCGUGAUAGUGUUGCCCGCAUCGUUGAUCUCUUGACAAAAGUCGUUUCUCCGGCUGUGCUACGCACACUGGCUUUGCCCUUUUGUGUAGCCGGAUGCUUAGCGGGUGAAGACUAG